AAUUCUUCUAUUUGUUUUAAUUAAAAAAUUUAACAACGUGAGACAAAUUAAAAUUAAAAGAGUUGGUGCUGCUCUUGUGUUAUAUAUAGUGUGUAUAUAUAUAAUACUACUAUUUCUCUUUCGUCUCAACAAAUCUCAAGUAGUUAACCACACACUAAAACAGAGCACAGCAAAAGCAAUUCCAUGGGAGGUGUCCGGUCAAAUUCUGCGGAGCUGCACGACGGCGAGGUCGCCAAAGCUUCUCCCAUCGCCUCCGCCGCCGCCGCGCCAAUUGAACUCGACGCCGGUGCACAAUUUGUUCUCAAGUCCAGAGGAUCGUGGAUACACUGCGGGUACCACCUGUCGACGUCGAUCGUAGCUCCGGCGCUGUUGAGCCUUCCAUUUGCAUUUGCUUCGCUGGGAUGGACGGCUGGGAUUUUAUGCCUGCUGAUCGGAGCGGUGGUGACAUUCUACGCCUACAACUUGCUCUGUCUCGUGCUCGAACACAAUGCUAAUUUGGGACACCGCCACCUCCGAUUUCGAGAUAUGGCCAAUCACAUACUAGGACCAUUAUGGGGCAAAUACUACGUGGGACCAAUUCAAUUCUUGGUGUGCUAUGGUGCUGUAGUUGGGUGCACUCUUUUAGGAGGACAGUGCCUGAAGGCAAUAUACUUGCUGUCGAAACCGGAGGGAAACAUGAAACUCUACGAAUUUGUGAUAAUAUUUGGUGGGCUAAUGCUAAUUUUAGCUCAAAUCCCAUCUUUUCACUCGUUGAGAUAUAUCAACAUGGUUUCUUUGAUACUAUCCCUCACCUACAGUGCGUGUGCUACUGCUGGUUCUGUAUAUUAUGGGAGCUCAUCUAAGGGACCAAGCAAAGAUUACUCUAUAAAAGGCAACGAUGAAACUCGAAUUUUUGGUAUGUUCAAUGCAAUGGCCAUUAUUGCCACCACUUAUGGCAAUGGGAUCAUCCCAGAGAUACAGGCGACGAUAGCGCCGCCGGUGAAGGGGAAGAUGUUCAAGGGGCUGUGCAUGUGUUACGCAGUGGUGUUGUCAACUUUCUUCAGUGUUUCCAUUUCUGGAUAUUGGGCGUUUGGCAACCAAGCUGAAGGCCUCAUUCUCAGCAACUUCUUGAAAGAUGGCAAAUCGCUGCUGCCCAAAUGGUUCAUUUUGAUGACUAAUGCCUUCACAAUUCUGCAGCUAUCAGCUGUUGCCGUGGUGUACUUGCAGCCGACGAACGAGAUUCUUGAACAAGCAUUUGCAGAUGCCAAGAGUGGGCAGUUCUCGGCGCGCAACGUGGUUCCGAGGCUGAUCUCGCGGUCGCUCUCGGUGGCCGUGGCGACCACCCUCGCCGCGAUGCUCCCGUUUUUCGGGGACAUCAACGCACUCAUCGGAGCGUUUGGGUUCUUGCCGCUCGACUUCGUGCUUCCUUUUGUGUUGUUCAACGCAACGUUCAAACCGUCGAAGAGGGGGCUCACCUUCUGGGUGAAUACCACCAUUGCUGUGGUGUUCUCAGUUAUAGGGGCUGCGGCGGCAGUGGCGGCGGUGAGGCAGAUCACUCUUGAUGCCAAAUUAUACCGAUUGUUUGCCAAUGUCUGAUCACUCACAUAUAUAUGCAUGUGUAAACUCUAAGCUAGCUAGAGAGAAGAAUAGGAAUAGGAGUGAGUAUUUAUUAACUUGUGCCAAACAAACUAAUCAUACUCUUCUAAAAAGAAGAGACUAUAUGAUCUAAUUUUAUUUUUUGAUUUCUCAAUUA